UGCUUCUCCUUCUUCUCUUUCUCUCUCUAACCGUUUUUUGUUUCUCCAUUCCCUAAAUUAUAGUGAGAGAAACUCCCAUUCCCUGCACUCUCUUUCUCUCAGUCUUCUUUAUUAAUUAUACACACUCAGCUUCUUCCGCCAACACCUUCGUCUGCUCCAGCGCCUUUUUAUUUUUCAGUGUUCAUCAUGGUUCGGAAGAAGAGAACUGAAGCAGCUAGUUCUAGUGGGGGUGAAAGCUCUGAGGGCCAACAGCGCCCUGCAGAAAGGAGUGCUCCACCCCAACAGGCUGCUCCCACCAGUGGGCCUGGGCCACAAGGGGGAGGUAGGAGUUGGGGUCCCCAAGGAGGACGUGGUGGUUAUGGAGGAGGACGUGGCCGUGGAAUGCCUCAACAGCAGUAUGGUGGCCCCCCUGAGUAUCAAGGUAGGGGACGGGGAGGACCUCCCCAGCAAGGGUAUGCUCCACGAGGUGGAUAUGGUGGUGGCCGCGGUGGUGGUGGUGGUGGUGUAGGAGGCGGUCGAGGCGUAGGACCUUCUUAUGGUGGCCCACCACGGCCCCAAGUUCCCGAGCUGCACCAAGCUACCCCCCCAGUUCAGUAUCAAGCGGCUGUGUCUCCUCGGCCUCCUCCCUCUGAGGCUAGUUCCAGUUCAUCCCAGCCACAGGAGAUGCCCCAACUGGAACAGCAAAUGGGGCAUAUAACUCAGACAGAAGCUGCCCCUUCUGGUCCACCAGCUAGCAAGUCAUCCAUGAGGUUUCCCCUUCGCCCUGGGAAGGGUAGCUACGGCACAAAAUGUAUUGUCAAGGCCAACCAUUUCUUUGCUGAGCUGCCAAACAAAGAUCUGCAUCAGUAUGAUGUAACGAUCACUCCAGAAGUUACAUCAAGAGGCGUUAACCGUGCUGUUAUGGAGGAGUUGGUGAGGCUUUACCGAGAAUCCCAUUUGGGGAAGAGACUUCCUGCUUAUGAUGGGCGAAAGAGCCUCUAUACAGCUGGUCCACUGCCUUUCGUGUCAAAGGAGUUUAGGAUCAUGUUAAUUGAUGAAGAUGAUGGAACUGGAGCUCAAAGGAGGGAGAGAGAAUUCAAAGUUGUGAUAAAAUUGGCUGCUCGGGCAGACCUUCACCAUUUAGGGCUCUUUUUGCAAGGGAGACAAACUGAUGCACCUCAGGAAGCAUUGCAGGUUCUCGAUAUUGUGUUGCGUGAACUUCCUACUACCAGGUAUUCUCCUGUAGGAAGAUCAUUUUAUUCACCCGAUCUUGGAAGAAGACAGCCUUUGGGUGAGGGGUUAGAAAGCUGGCGUGGUUUCUAUCAGAGUAUUCGUCCCACACAGAUGGGACUUUCUCUGAACAUUGAUAUGUCUUCCACUGCAUUUAUUGAGCCAUUGCCGGUGAUUGAGUUUGUAACUCAGCUACUGAAUAGGGAUGUAUCCACCCGACCACUGUCAGAUGCUGAUCGUGUGAAGAUCAAAAAAGCUCUCCGUGGUAUCAAGGUUGAAGUAACUCAUCGUGGAAACAUGAGAAGAAAAUAUCGCAUCUCUGGUCUGACUUCCCAGGCUACUAGAGAGUUGACAUUCCCUGUAGACGAGAGGGGAACAAUGAAGUCUGUUGUCGAGUACUUCUCUGAGACCUACGGGUUUCACAUUCAACAUACUCAGUGGCCUUGUUUGCAAGUGGGAAAUACACAGAGGCCAAAUUAUCUGCCAAUGGAGGUUUGCAAGAUUGUAGAAGGGCAGAGGUACUCAAAGAGGUUGAAUGAAAGGCAGAUUACUGCUUUGCUCAAAGUCACAUGCCAACGACCUGUUGAAAGGGAGCGUGACAUAAUGCAGACAGUACAUCACAAUGCCUAUGAUCAAGACCCUUACGCUAAAGAGUUUGGAAUCAAGAUCAGUGAAAAGCUUGCUCAAGUUGAAGCUCGCAUCCUUCCUCCACCCUGGCUCAAAUAUCAUGAUACAGGUAGAGAAAAGGACUGCCUACCUCAGGUUGGCCAGUGGAAUAUGAUGAAUAAGAAAAUGGUUAAUGGAGGAACAGUCAACCAUUGGUUCUGCAUUAACUUUUCCAGGAAUGUUCAAGAUAGUGUUGCCCGUACAUUUUGUUACGAGCUCGCUCAGAUGUGUCAAGUAUCUGGCAUGGCAUUCAAUCUGGAUCCAGUAGUUCCCCCAGUUAGUGCUCGUCCUGACCAAGUUGAGAAGGUUCUGAAAACUCGGUAUUAUGAUGCCAAGAACAAGCUGCCUGGAAAGGAUCUUGAUUUGCUUAUUGUUAUCCUGCCUGACAAUAAUGGUUCUCUUUAUGGUGACCUGAAACGAAUAUGUGAGACUGAUCUUGGGCUUGUUUCCCAAUGUUGUUUAACAAAGCAUGUAUACAAAAUGAGCAAGCAGUAUCUUGCAAAUGUUGCUUUGAAAAUUAAUGUUAAGGUUGGUGGAAGGAACACUGUGCUUGUUGACGCCCUUUCGCGGCGUAUUCCCCUUGUUAGUGACAGGCCUACAAUAAUUUUUGGAGCCGAUGUUACUCACCCACACCCUGGAGAGGAUUCAAGCCCAUCUAUUGCAGCUGUUGUGGCUUCCCAAGAUUGGCCUGAGAUUACAAAGUAUGCUGGUUUGGUUUGUGCACAAGCACAUCUGAUGGAACUACUCAUAUCUUUCCGGAGAGCAACUGGGCAGAAGCCACAGCGCAUCAUAUUUUACAGGGAUGGUGUGAGUGAGGGUCAAUUUUAUCAAGUCCUAUUGUUUGAGCUUGAUGCUAUUAGAAAGGCCUGUGCAUCUCUUGAGCCCAAUUAUCAGCCUCCUGUGACCUUUGUGGUAGUUCAAAAGCGUCAUCACACUAGGCUUUUUGCCAGCAACCAUCAUGAUCGAAACUCUAUUGAUCGGAGUGGGAAUAUACUGCCCGGUACUGUUGUGGACUCCAAAAUCUGCCACCCAACUGAAUUUGACUUUUAUCUCUGUAGUCAUGCUGGAAUUCAGGGCACUAGUCGUCCAGCUCAUUAUCACGUUCUGUGGGAUGAAAACAAUUUCACAGCUGAUGCUCUUCAGAUGCUUACAAACAACCUGUGCUACACCUAUGCCAGAUGCACCCGUUCUGUUUCAAUUGUGCCUCCUGCAUACUAUGCGCACUUGGCUGCAUUCCGAGCCCGUUUUUACAUGGAGCCCGAGACAUCCGACAGUGGCUCGAUGACAAGUGGUGCUGCUGCAGGUCGCGGUAUGGGUGCAGGACGCAGUACGCGUGCACCUGGUGCCAGUGCUGCUGUGAGGCCCCUGCCAUCCCUCAAGGACAAUGUCAAGAGGGUCAUGUUCUAUUGCUGAGUAACAUUUUAAGGCAAGGACUAUUAUUAUUUCAAGUCAUGUGGAGGACCCCUUCUCUAUGUUUUAUUUGUUUGUUGGUUUUGUUCCGACGUUGUUGAGACAUUGCGAGUGCUGUGUGGUACUUUUAAUUAUAUUGUUGUUGGCAACCCUACCUAUGCUAGACCUUUCUACUUUGGAAUUUGAGCUUGAAAUGGCAGUAAUUUGUUGACUCUUGUCAUGUCGUGGAUUGGCAAGAUCUCUAGCCCUGUUUGGAUAUAUGCGUAACUUUAUUAUCAUUUUAACA